AUGAAGUUCAGUAUCGUUGCUCUCUCUACCCUGCUGGCCUUCGCCGCAGCGGAGACCACUACCACCGCUGAGACUGUCACUGCGACCCUCAGUCCUGAACAGUCCUGCGCUCAGAACUGCAACAGCACUGACCGCUGCUGCGUCGCCGCUUGCUACAAGGUUCCCUGCCCCAAUGAUGCGCAGGCCAACGACACCAACAGCUGUGUCGCCGCCUGCCCCCAGGGUACCGGCACUGCCGCUGAUACCAAGAAGUACACCGACUGUCAGAACGCCUGCUUCAACUCCCACUUCCUCGCCACUGGUGCUGCCGCCUCUGAGACAGGCUACACUGUUUCCAGCACCACCAGCACAGGCACCUGGGCUACCGCUACCGCCACUACCACCACUGGCUCCCAAUCUUCCAACAACGACAACAGCAACAGCAACAGCGCUUCCGCCAGCACCUUCGGUGCCUCUAGCACCACCACUGGUGUUGUCCACUCCACCAAUGCUGCUUCCAACAUUAAGCUAGGUGCGUCCAGCGCUGGUCUCUUCGGCCUGGUUGUUGCUGCCUUCGCUCUGUAA